AUGGUUCAUGUUAAUAAAAAAUUAAAGAAAGACGAUAGCGAACAACAAUUAGAAGAUCUCCUAUUUGGUGACAAUACAGAGGAUCUUUGGUCCAAGACAGGACAAGAAUUAGAGCAGGAGGAAGACGAUGAAGUCGAUGAUACAGAAGUUAACGAUGAAGAAGAUAUUAAUGAAGCAACAUUCUUUUUCGAUUCAGGACCAUUCACUGGAAAUAAUGACGAUGAAGUUGAUUAUGAAGCAGAACAACAAACACAACAAGAAGACACUUCUGAUGAAGAAAGUGAUGAAGAUACUGACAGCGAUGAAGAUAGAUAUGCACUUACCAAAGCAGCAUGGGUAGAUGAUGAUGAUAAAAAAUUACAAAUAUCAUUGAAAGCUGCAAAUAUGACAAAGAAGUUAAGAAACGACAUUGAUGAGGAUGUUAUUGAUGGCGCUGAAUACACUCGAAGAUUACGUAGACAAUUUAAUCGAUUACACCCUAAACCCGACUGGGCUCGACUGCCUUCAGAAACCAAAUCGGAAUCAAGAAAACGCAAGGCAGAUGAUAGCAGUGAUGAAGAGGAGGCAGAAGCCGAUGAUCAGUUAGACGAGGAAACAAGAAUUGAUUUAUUAAAGAGUACAAUGGGCAUCUUAAAUAAGCGAUCUAACUUGAAAGCUAUUCCUCCCAAGAGAUUAGAUAUCAUGCGUUUAAAAGAUGCUAACCGAGCUUCAUUGUCUCAGAGAGGCAUCACAUGUAUUUCUUUUCAUCCUAAUGCACAAGUUAUGUUAGUGGGUGGAUUGGAUAAAGUGUUACGGUUAUUUCAAAUAGACGGCAAAAUUAACCCCAAGAUUCAAUCGGUUAAAUUUAAGGAUAUGCCAAUCUAUCAUGCAGAAUUCCAUCCUUCUGGAGAUGAAAUUGUUGUCAGCGGUAGACGCAGUUACUUUUAUAUAUACAAUAUCCAAACUGGUAUCAUUGACAGAUGUCCUGGUAUCUGGGGCAGGGAAGAAAAGUCACUAGAAGAGUUUUCCAUCAGCCCCUGUGGACGAUACAUUGCUUUCUUGGGUGUCAGUGGUGUCAUUAUUGUCGUGAGCUAUUCAACAAAGAAAUGGUACUGCAAUCUGAAGGUGAAUAAAACAGUAGAAUCGGUCUCUUGGAGCUCAGAUGGAAAUUAUCUCUUUGGCUUUAGUGGUGAAGGACAAGUAUACCAGUUUGACGUUCAAAAUAAAGAAUGUAUGAAGCGAUGGAAUGAUGAAGGCUGUAUCGGACCUUCCGUUAUUCGUGUCAGUCCAGAUGAGAGAUACUAUGCUACAGGAUCAUCUACUGGUAUUGUCAAUGUUUAUGAUAGAUCUGUGCUGGAACCAGAGUCGAUAAACCCCAAGCCUUUCAAGGUGAUCGAAUCAUUAACUACUAGAGUUAACAAUAUAUUAUUUAAUCAUGAUUCCCAACUGAUGGUGAUUUCGAGUCAAUCAAAGAAAGAACAACUUAGAGUGAUUCAUGUUCCAACCGGCACAGCAUACGCCAACUGGCCCACAGAUGGAACACCCCUGAAUACAGUAAAAUGUGUUGCCUUCUCUCCAAAUAGUGAUUAUCUUGCCAUUGCUAAUAAGAAAGGCAAGGUUCUGCUAUACACUUUAAAACAUUAUGCACUUAAAGAUUAG